AUGUUGAAAAAUAAUAAAAGACCUGCAUUCAAACCUCCUACCACCUUAAAUACUCCAAUCACAAUCCAUACUACAAGCUCUCCACAACAUGUUUCUCAUGAUGAAGUAUUACAAUUUCUAGAGAAAUUUAUUAAUGAAAAAGAAACAGAUAUUGCCGGGACUGCCUCCUUUAGUGUUUCUGACAUCACUACUGAAUCUGAAUCUGGAGAUACUACUCAAUCAAACACCAUCGAUACAAAUUUGAUAAGUGCGGUGUCACAAUUGAAGAGAAUCCAAAGAGACUUCAAAGGGUUGCCUCCUUCCAUGGCUAAUGAUACUUUUUCUUCCAAUUCUACUUCAGCACAAUCAAAUAAUGAACCUCUAAAGUCUUCUACUGGUGGUACUAAGAUCACUUUCACAGACGACGAAUAG